AUGGUUUCUUCAACCCUUUCAUUGAGCGCUGGAUCGCUGAUGCUCGCUUUGUUAUCUUCCCCCGUGGCCGCCACGAGUUACUCCCUGGUGGAGACUUGGCAGGGGAACAAUUUCCUGGACUAUUUCAAUUUUCACGUUGGUUCAGACCCGACCAAUGGCUUCGUCAACUACCUCGACAAGGAGACCGCCGAAAGUUCAGGGCUCGUCAAGGUCACCGAUACCGGCAGUGUAUAUCUCGGUGUCGAUCAUGCUACCAAGCUGAACCCCAACGGCAACACGGGCCGUGACUCAGUACGUAUUGGCAGCAAGAAAUACUACGACCAGUCGCUGGUUAUCGCCGAUAUCGCCCACAUGCCUGGUAGCGUCUGCGGUACCUGGCCUGCCUUUUGGUCUGUCGGAAAGAACUGGCCUGCAGACGGUGAGAUUGAUAUCAUCGAAGGUGUCAACUUGCAGGAUUACAACGAAAUCGUCAUGCACACAGCCGGCACUUGCAGUUUGACAGAUACGGAUAUGACCGGUUCGGUCAAUGCUACAGGGUGUGGUGAGGAUAUAGGAACCAUCGGUUGUAAGGUCGAGGGUCAGGAGGGCAGCUAUGGCACAUCUUUCAACAAACAAAACGGUGGUGUCUACUCACUGCAGUGGACCGACGAUUUCCUCAAGAUUUGGUACUUCCCUCGCAGCUCGAUCCCGGCCUCAAUUACUAGCGGCAACCCCGAUGUAACGGAAUUUGGCACUCCUAUGGCCGUGGUACAGGAGUCGUGCGACGUUGCCAACUCCUUCAAGGCCCAGUCGUUUGUAUUUGAUGUCACCUUCUGCGGAGACUGGGCAGGUGGUGUGUUUGGUAGUUCCGGCUGCCCCGUGACCGAUAGCGAUUCCUUCCAGAGCUGCCACAACUACGUCGCCAACAACCCGGCCAAGUUCAAGGAGACGUACUGGGAGAUUAACUCGGUCAAGAUCUAUCAGACUGGAGUUGCCUCGAUUUCGUCAUCCGAGUCCGCGUCGGCUACCACUGCCGCUACUUCUGUAGUCUCGCAGACAACUACUGAGACCCACACUACUCACAGUGCCACCACUGUGCACUCAGUUGCUUCCAAGGAAACUCAAACCGCUGGCGCAGUUCAGGAACUGACUUCUACUUCGGUUCCUACUGUCGCAGCUACUACCGAAAGCAUUGCCACCGAAGCAGUCGCGCAACCUUCCACCAGCACUACUAGCACCAGCACUACGACCAGCAUCGCCAGCAAGAAGACCCGGACUAUCACCUCUAUAGUCACUGCAACUGCGACCUUCUGCCCCGAGGCUGAGGAGUCCUCAUCUAUUGCCGCACAGUCCUCUGUUGCGACAACUGUCUCCGCUCCGGCUGUGCAAUCCGUCCAAAUCCCAGCCACCGCCCAAGCUACGGAGGCACGGACCUCUGCAGCUGCCGUGGUCCCUCCCUCCAGUGUCGCAUACGUCCCAACUGCUCAGAGCCACACCAACUCGAAGCCUGCAGCUGUUCCUGUCGCUGCUACGUCCGUUGCAACCCUCCCCACCGAGACCUUCGGUGGAUCAUGGGCGUCUUCUACUAUUUCUUCUGCGGUUCCUUCUUUGGUUCCUUCUGCCAUUGUUUCUAGCGUUCCAUAUGAGGCCUCCAAAGCCUCCAAAGCACAGAGCUCUGCCACUACCGCUGCUUCUCCGGAGACGACUACAUCCGCUACAACUGGCUACUAUGUUCCCACCGGGUCUGAGUCUGGAGCUAGCCCGGUCUUCACCGGUGCUGGCUAUCAGUUGUCCAUGAGCAUCCCAGCUCUCUUUGUCGGACUAAUUGUUGCGUUUUUGGCUUAA